GAACUAUUACUAAUAGCAGGUCUUUUUGAAAGUGUGGUUGGUCGAACCUUAAAUCUGCAGGGAGCUUCCAUUUUGCGCUCUACACACAAAGUGAGAUCUGCAUCGGGGCAGUUUUCUUCUAUAUAUACUCUGGUAGUUGGUUAUAUAUCUGACCCUUCACUCCAGUAUCAAUUUAUUUUUUCAUCUACUAGGGUUCUUUUUCCCUUUUUCUUGGUUCUUUAUUCGAAGUGGACCUCGCCUUUCCCCUGCAUAAUUGAACGUAGCUGUUUCGACUUGUGAUCCAUAAAUCCCAGAUUUUUUUAUCCAUCCAGUCCAUUUCCUUUUAAUUCUUUAUCCGGGUGCUUUGUCUUAUAUAUAUUGAAAAUCCUUCCAUUCCCAACGGAUCCCUAUAAUUCCUCCUCCAUCCUCGCCUUAUUGAUUUCCCCCAGUUAAUUUCCUUGGUUAAACUCCUUUGUUUAAUCUCAUCCUCUCUCGUGAAUUCCUAUUUCAUAUGGCCUUUGAACUCACUUUUUUGGGAAGCUCUGGUGGGCCCAUAGAAGGCUCCAACUGCUGCAUCCUCAUAAAACCACUGCAUAUAUCAUACCAGGAUAUCGUGGAGAGAAACCUCCAAAAUGAAGUUUUGUGUGUGGACGCCGGAGCUGGCCUCGCAAAAUUAAGCGAAGUUAUUUUCAAUGAGACCCACGACCUACCAUCCUGUAACUUAUUGAAUCUUUACAACGACUCACUCAGCGUCGACGAAUACUUCAAGACAAGCACCUCCAAGCCGUUUGCGGUGUUCAAGGGCAAGUCUCCCUUCCUGGCGGCUGUGGAUGUGUUCAAGAAUAUCAAGAGUUACUUAAUUUCCCAUCCGCAUCUCGACCAUAUCUAUGCGUUGGUAUUGAACUCACCGAACUUCACCGAGGCGAACCCGAAAGAGGUGUACGGAAGCUGUGAUACCGUUCACGCCUUGAACUCUCAUAUCUUCAACGGGAUAAUUUGGCCCAACAUGCAAGAAUUUGAAAUUGUCAACUUAAACACAGUUGGCUUCGAGUCACCCUUUGACGUCAGCAGCUAUUCAGUUAAGAUGUUCAAAUUAAGUCAUGGAAAGUUGCAAAGGGGCCACCGAAAUUCCUCCAUUUCCAUAAACGAAAAUUUUAAGGGAAUCUAUCAAGAAUCUAAAUCGGUUACCUAUGUGUCGUCUGCUUUCCUCAUAAGCUAUAAGACCAUCAAUUCGAGGGUUUUGGUAUUUGGAGAUUUCGAGAGCGACCAUAUCUCCAACCAGAAUUUCAAUGAAGUCAUCUGGAAGGAAAUUGUCCCUAUGGUGCUAGAUAAAUCCCUCAGUGCCAUAGUCCUUGAGUGUUCCAAUUGUAAUUGUGUGGAAACUCUGUUGUAUGGGCAUUUAAACCCUAUACAUCUCAUGAGGGAAUUGUACAAGUUGAAUGGUUUUUGUGUGAAUGCUUCCGGCACAGAAAAUCCGUUGAAAGAUAUGCACGUCAUAAUCAAUCAUGUUAAAGAGACUGACGGUACAUUUGAUCCUAGAGCCACCAUUUUGAGAAACUUGGAGAAACUUAAUCUCGAUUAUAACUUAGGCAUCAACUUUUCAAUUGCAUUAUCAGGUGUGUCGAUCAUUGUAUAGAUAUAGGUUUAUAACAGAUGGUAAAAUCUUCUACUUCGAUUUGAUUCU